CUUUUUCGCUCAUCAGAAGGCGGCCGCAGCGGAAUCAAGAUCCAACGAUAGAUCUGAUCUGAUGUUGAAGCCGCCGCCCCCUUGCAUAGCCUUCAUGUGGCUUCCUGCACUCAUCCAAACACUCCUCAUCUCUUUAUGGCUCACCGGCUUCGCCAUGGCGACAGACAGCUACUCGUCGUUCGUGCAGACACACACAACGGGGAGAUGGCAGUGGGGAGGCCUUCAUCGAUUGUCGGGGAGGCCAAAGCCGCCUGGUGGGCUCCGUCGCGCGCACAGGGCAGGGCGGGUGACGAUGGAGCAAUCAAAAGGUCAGCAGCGGUGCGCAAUGCAUGCCAGCCAGCUGCAUGCACAAACGUGCGAUUGCAUAUCUCUCACUGUCUGUCUGUCUGUCUGUCUUUUCAGGCGGCCUUCGUCUCUUGGAGUGGACCGGUGGCAUUGUAUCGCAGGUGAGACCGACACAUUCACAGAGCAGCACAAUCACAGGCAGGUGAGAGUGUUUGUAUGUCUGUGGCUGCCUGCCUCCCUCAGGGCACGUUGGUCAAGACGGCUCGCUUUGGGUGGCGCGAGGCGUGGCGGAUCAUGAUGAAGGAGCUGGCGCCACAAAGCGACGAGGGCGACUUCGUGAGGCCCUCGUACGCCUAUACAAAUACCAUCGAAUUCGACCCAAUACAGCCAUACAAAUACCACAUGUAUGGACAUUCCUCCACACACAUACACAUGAACAUACAUCCACAUGGAUACCUGUGGAUGUUUGUCGAUCCAUUGAUUGGUCUGACAGCUAUGUGGGCAAUGCGUGUCCAUGGUGCCACCGGGUGCUGCUGAGCCUACACAUCCGCAACCUGACCGACUACAUCGGGUACACCGAGAUGAUCGACGACCCCGUCAAGGCAUCCCGAGGGGGCUGGGCAUUCGACGACACACACAGGGACCCAGUCAUCAAUGCAAACGAUCUCAGAAAGGUCGGGUCGGCGGACAAAUGCAAUCAAUGCACGCGUGUGUGGUGUGUGUGUUGGGGGUGGGGAAGAGAGAGAGGGAAUGCAUCCAUCGUCAGUCACUGGUCUGUCCGUAUGUGUGGUGUGGUGUGGUAGGUGUAUGAUGCGUUUGAGCCGGGCUAUCGCGGUCGGUGCACGGCUCCCCUGGUGGUCGACAAGUACCGGAAGAAGCUCAUCAACAACGAGUCCAGCCAGAUCAUCAGAUUCCUCAACAGCUUCGACCCACCGCAACAAACGUUAUCGCCAUCAGAACACGAGAUAGACUUCCAUCCCAUUUUGUGUGUUAUACUUGGAUAGCCGUGGGUGUCUGUCUGUGUGUCAGGCCAUCAGUCGACCUGUACCCUCCCUCUCUGCGCGGCACCAUCGACGAGCUGAAUGACUACUUCUACGAGAAGCUCAACAACGGCGUCUAUCGCUGCGGCUUCGCAACCACACAACAGGUAGGUGCCCUCCCCGCCACCCUUUCCUCUCCCCCACACAAACACACAUUCCAUUCCAUCCGCUGCAUUGCAUUUAUCCGUUAGGCCUAUGACCGAGCAGCGAGAGAUGUCGAUGAGGCCCUGAUGCGUCUUGAGAGCAUUCUAGCCGAGAGGAGGUUCAUUGCAGGGCCGGUGGUCAGCGAGACGGACGUGCGGGUGCUGCCCACCAUUGCGCGAUUCGACGCUGCGUACGGCACUCUGUUCCGGGCGAGCAACAAGCGGGUCAGGGACCUGCCGAACGUGUCAGCAUGGUGAGAGGCUCGCGCGAGCCUCGACAACAAGGAAGGACUGCAUGUGUGCGUGGCGUGCUGUGUGUGUGUCAGGCUGUGUGAGAUGUGGGCCUUGCCGGGUGUGCCGGAGACCUUUGAUCUGGCGGCUGCUCACGACAGCUACUACCGCAGCCUCUUCCCUCUCAACCCAAGUGCCAUCAUUCCGACUUGUCAGUCAGUCAGUCGAGACAACACACAACGAAUGCACACACGCGUGUCCGCAUCUUUGUGUCUCUGCUGCAGCCCCGACGUUGCAGGAGAUCGGCGUCACGGACGAGUCGAUUAGGGCGGCACCGAUCGCACGAGCGCGGCUGGGCGUGCUGCAGGGCAUGAGCAUGGAGGGUUCUGAUGUGGCCCCUGGUGAUGUGUUUGCCUACAAGAAGCAGCCUGUCCUUGUCGAGGUGUAGGUCGGUGUGCGUGCGGUGCCUGCCUUUUUGGUCUUGAUGUGAUAGAUGUGAUGUGUGACGUGACUGAGAGAGAUGCUGACUGACUUAAGAGGUGAGGGCACUUGCCGUUGUGCAUUUUUUUGUCUUGUCGAUGGAUGCCUUUGAUGGGGCACGGCAGGGGGGCCUUAUUCUGUGUGUUGUCCUGUGGUCUUCUUCGGUUGUCCUGUCUGGUGGGGAGGUGAGAGCUGCAGCCGUCUCUGUGUGUCGAACGGCGGCAACGCCAACUCCCGACCGCGAAGGACGCACCACAACGAAGGCGACGUGACCACGUGAAGACCGAAAGCAAGAAACCAAUGGGAUCUGUGUAUCUUGUCAGGGG